AUGAUAUAUGAGGUCGAUCUCUUCGACCUCAUAAAUUCUUUCACUGCAUUCGCCGCAACGCAUUGCGCCUCCCUUCCACGAGAAUCGCUGGAUUGGGCCACUCUACCAUCGCAUCCGCCACCGAUCAUCGAGCAUGGCCAUUCCAAUCAAACUCUGAUGGUUGGCGCUGCGGCAAUAUUACCAUGUAAAGCAAGCGGGCGCAGCACACCACAAAUCAGCUGGUUGAAAAGUGGCGAGCAGAUCGAUCUGGAUGGGCCAGAAUAUGAGGCACGUUUCAAGCAACUCGAGCACACCAAUCCAUCAGUAACGUUCAGCCGUAUGCCGGACGUCUCAACAUUUCCAUCAGCGCCUGGUAAACCAUCAUUUCGUAAUGUGACCGAAGAUGGGGUCGAUCUGGAAUGGACUGCUCCAGAAAGCAAUGGCGCUGCCUUGGUGAACGGCUAUCUUCUGCAGUAUUUCAGUCCAGAAAUGGGCGAGACAUGGUUUAAUGUUCCGGAUUACAUAUCCGGUCCGAGGUACCGUGUGGAAAACUUGAAACCACUUCAUUCCUAUGUGUUCAUUGUUCGGGCGGAAAAUUCUCAGGGUAUCGGGCCACCAUCGCCAAUGAGCGAUGCAAUCAGGACGAAGCCACGGAAAGAAGAAAGCGAACGUCAGCGUGCCAAUGCGAAUAUGGACUUGGAUAUUGCCAGGCAGCGAAUUGCAUCCGAGCAGUUGAUAAAGUUGGAGGAGGCACGAACAAUCAACGCAACGGCUGUAAAAUUAACUUGGAAA